AGCGCUCAUAGUCAGAUGACUUGCUGAAGACGAAUCAUCAGUCCUUCAAAUUGAAUCUUCUUCUGCAACCCUAGAUCAAUCUCCCUUUCUCUCUACGCAUCGAAUCACCAUGACGAAGCAGCAAGCUAACUGGUCUCCUUAUGACAACAAUGGCGGAACCUGCGUGGCAGUAGCUGGAGCAGAUUACUGUGUAAUUGCAGCAGAUACUCGCAUGUCCACUGGCUACAACAUUCUUACUCGCGAUUACUCCAAGAUCAUUAAACUAGCGGAUAAAUGUGUGAUGGCAUCGUCAGGAUUUCAGGCUGACGUGAGAGCUUUGCAAAAGGUUUUGGCAUCAAGGCAUCUGAUCUACCAGCACCAGCACAAUAAGCAGAUGAGCUGUCCAGCUAUGGGCCAGCUCCUUUCGAACACACUAUACUACAAACGUUUCUUCCCCUACUAUUCGUUCAAUGUUCUAGGUGGCCUUGACAAUGAAGGGAAGGGGUGUGUCUUCACCUAUGAUGCUGUGGGAUCAUAUGAGAGGGUUGGCUACAGCUCUCAAGGUUCUGGUUCAACUCUGAUCAUGCCUUUCUUGGACAACCAACUGAAGUCUCCUAGCCCUCUUUUGCUUCCUGCUGUGGUUUGCUCCAUAUAUUAUCUGUUCAAAUUUUCUCACAUGGAUGCUGUUACUCCACUUUCUGAAUCAGAAGCCAUUGAUUUAGUCAAGACUUGCUUUGCUUCAGCAACAGAAAGGGAUAUAUACACUGGUGACAAACUGGAGAUAGUUGUAUUAAAUGCUGAUGGCAUUCGUAGAGAAGAAAUGGAUCUGAGGAAAGACUGAUUUCUUGUGUUUCUUAUCCGAUUAUGAAUGAAUGUAAUGAGAUUAAGAUUGACAGUUUAAACUUGAACUAAUUUGGUUUGAAAAAGAAGGUAAGUAAGUUUGAUGGGUUAUUGGGUUUCAUCGUUAGCUCCAGACUGGAGUGAGUGUACUUGAGAAUCUUUCUGUAGGGCGUGGAUUUUAUGUACUAUUUGUUAAGUUUUCAUCAAAAAGGAAACCUUUUGGCUCAAAUUGGUGCUUUUAGUGGACAGCUUUGGAAUCAAAA